AAAAAUUCAAUUCCAGUCUGCGAAUUUGCAGAGAAGAAUAUAAGAAAAAUCUAAAUCGCAACGCAGUUAGUUUGUGCAACUUAAAAUCAUCAUUAUGUCCGAGGCGCACUUUGAUGAAUACGAGCACUACAACUUCGACCAUGACAAGCACAUUUUCUCUGGCCACAGCGGCAAGCAGCGCUCCAAGAAGGAGGCCACCGAACACACCAACCACUUCGAUCCCUCAGGCCAUUCCCGAAAGAUUCUAACCAAGCUGAUGAACACCAACAACAACAAAAAGGCUGCCGCCUGCAAGAACUGAUGCAGGGCAUCGGAGGCGGAGGAGCGGUACGGAAAAAGCAAGAAGUAACGGGGAAAGAAAUAUUCGAAUUUAAAGGAAAAGAAAGGAAAGGAAAGAAGAGAAAAACAGUUGAAAUCAAAUCGCAGCAGUCGCUGGAAGCAAAGAAAAGAGAGAACGAGAGAGAACAUCAAAAGCCACCUGGAAAUACACUUUGCAUUUGUAUUGUGCAUUGAGUUUUCAUGCGGCGCAAAACUUUGUGAACUUGUAAUAAUUUUAUUUCGCUUAUAUUUUCACAAACAAAAAAAACUUAGCUUCUAAAUAUUCCUAAACUAAUUCAGACUUACACGUUUUAGUUGCUAAGCCUUAGUGCGUUUCAAAUUAUGAAGUUUGAUUUAGGUAUUACUUAUAAAAUAAACAAAAAACCAAAACUGAAUUAUA